AUGAACUUGGAGCUCUUCCCCCGGGCCGGUAACCGCGCGCAGCGUCGGCGCGGUCCUGCCCGGCGCCGCUUCGGCCUCCGCGAGGGCCCGUGGACCCCGCGAGAUCCACCUGCCUCCCCGCGGAGCACCCGGGCACACAUCCUGCGUCUGCCGCUCUGCAUCUCCCUCUCCUUGCGGGAAGCGAAAACCCAUCUUCUGGUCCACCUGGUCUACCAGGCUUACCAGGCCUGCCUGGCAAGAGAGGAUCUCGGUUAUGGGCAUGCUAUAUUCAAGAUCCCUCGAAGGACAAUAAGCAACAAGGGAUUUUUGAGUUCACCCUUCACCAGAAGCAUUGAGAAUCAGCCCAGAAAAGAGUUCCCAGGUCCUCCUGGUCCUCACGGAAACCCUGGCUCACCUGGACCCCCUGGCCUGAAAGGUCAGAAGGGUGAUCCUGGGCUGUCACCUGGAAAAGCUCGCAACGGACCUAAGGGAGACGUGGGCUUACCUGGUUUGACUGGGUUUCCUGGACCACCUGGUCGAAAGGUAAAUAAAGGCUACCCUGGACCACCAGGUCACCCUGGAGAGCAGGGCGAACGAGGACCAGAUGGAAGUCCAGGUGCCAAAGGUUAUCCUGGCAGGCAGGGCUUACCUGGCCCAGUGGGGGAAGCUGGUCCAAAAGGGAAUCGGGGGUAUAUAGGUCUCCCAGGAUUAUUUGGGCUGCCAGGGGCUGAUGGAGAACGAGGGAUCCCUGGAGUUCCUGGGAAGAGGGGCAAGAUGGGUAGGCCGGGUUUUCCUGGUGAUUUUGGAGAACGAGGACCUCCAGGCAUCGAUGGGAACCCA